UACACUAAGAUAGACCAAGAGAAUAAUAGACAAGUUCACUCUAUACCUUUGUAUCCUACCAUGAUUUACAUAUGUAUCGAAGUACCUGCAACCCCUUCGGCUCAUCCUCUGUCGUCACCCAACUCCAUCACUCUUCCCGCUCGCACCUCGACCCUCUCCUAUAAACGCCCACUCCAACUAAUCCAUCAAUCAGAUCAAUACCUAUCAACAUCCCCUUGCGCACUUAGCGGAUCAGAAUCAGACCAGACCAAUAAUACCAGACUUGGAUCAUUUCGUUUUUCUUUCCCGCCCCCACACCCCCCCAAAUGUGCCACCUCCUUGCAUUGCACAAUGCGAUGCAUGCAUGUACGCACGCUCGUACGCAUGCACGCAAGCUAG